GUCAUUGACUGCGCAUCAUCGUAGUUUCGGCAUGACUGAUUCGAACGUGUUUGUAUUUCAAAACAAUACAAACCUGCAAACUUUAACUUGCACACCAAAUAGCAUGGUAACUAUUUAGCAGCUACAAUAUUUUGCAAUCAUCGAUGACCGUUAGCUUUCAGAAACUAGCGGAAUGAGCGUAAACAAUGUGGGACUGUUGCACUUAUAAGAGUGGCAAGUCAAGUUACAUGCCCCAUACAAAUGAUGACGGAAACUGGAGCUGUGAUUUUAAAAUGGACGGAGACAAGGGUGAAGCCAAAGGUAAAGUGGGUGAUCAGGUGAUGCAGAACCCUCAGGCCUUGGCAGCUCUUCAGGACAGACUGGACAGCAUGCCACAUGGCCCCUCCAUAAUGGAGACUUUACCGAAGGCUGUGAAGAGAAGAGUCAACGCCUUAAAGAAUCUUCAGGUGAAGAGUGCACACAUAGAAGCCAAAUUUUAUGAAGAGGUUCACGAGUUGGAAAGAAAAUAUGCCGCCCUUUAUCAGCCUCUAUUUGACAAGAGAAAAGAGGUGGUGUGUGGUGCCGUAGAGCCCACAGAUGAGGAGUGCGAGUGGCAGAGUGACCAUGAGGAGGAGGAGCUCUCUGAGGAAAUGAAGUCAAAAGCAACAAUGGAGGAGAAGAAGGAAGGCGAUACUGCAGAGGAGAAUCCAAAGGGAAUUCCCGAAUUCUGGCUCACUAUAUUCAGAAGUGUCGACAUGCUCAGUGACAUGCUACAGGAGCAUGAUGAGCCUAUAUUGAAACACCUACAAGAUAUUAAAGUUCUCUUUUCCGAGCCUAAUCAGCCAAUGAGCUUCACGUUGGAGUUUCACUUUGAGUCCAACAAUUACUUCAACAACACUGUUCUCACUAAAAAGUACAAGAUGAAGUCUGAGCCAGAUGUUGAAGACCCCUUCUCCUUUGAAGGACCUGAGAUAAUUGAUUGUGAAGGCUGCGAAAUCGACUGGAAGAAAGGCAAGGAUGUGACGGUGAAAACCAUCAAGAAGAAGCAGAAGCACAAGGGAAGAGGGACCGUGAGGACGGUCACCAAACAAGUGCCCAACGACUCCUUUUUCAACUUCUUCAACCCCAUCAAAGUUUCGUCAGAUGGAGAGUUGGAUGAGGACUCGGAGUUCACUCUUGCGACAGAUUUUGAGAUUGGCCACUUCUUCCGGGAGCGGAUAGUUCCCCGAGCUGUGCUUUAUUUCACAGGGGAGGCACUGGAGGACGAUGAGAGUUUUGAGGAAGAGGAACUGGAUGAAGGGGAGGAAGAGGAUCAGGAUGACGAUGCUGAUGAAGACGAUGAUGAGGAGGGAGAGAGCGAUACCAAGGCAUAACUCAUUCUCACCUCAUGCAUUUCUAGGGUGGGGACCCCCAGCCUGCCGAGUGCAAGCAGCAGUAACGUGAGGAGCGGCGCGGACGUCUCCACCUUCCAGGCCCAAAUCCACAUGAAUUAACAUAAGCUGGACUGGGCUCUGUAGACCACGUAUAGCCACCACCACUCUGCAGAGUGCCUGCCUGGUCUGCAGUCCCAAUGCAAUACACAACACAAAUGUGGACAAGAGAUAUAAACAAAAGUUGAAUUUUUUUUUUUUUUUAUUAUGCAUGACUUGUCUAUGCGCCCCUAAACUCAGAAAAUAAGAAAAAAAAAAAAAAAAAAAAAAAAAGUCAGAUAGUGUUAAUGAAAUUGUAAAUAUAAUUGCUAAUGGGGAAAGGGGAGGGGAUAGGGUCAGGCCAUUGUGUUCUGUAAAUGAGGGUUGAAAUGAGAGCUAGGAGCAAACGUCUGGUCACAUUUUGCAAGUGUCACGUUGAGUUGUUUUUUCUUCAUUUGUUUUUGUCUUUGUUUUUUAGUUUGUUUGUUUUUUAUAUCUUGAUGUCUUCUUUUUUUUCCUCCUAAAUCUGACGCCACAUUCCAGAUUGCCCUUUUAAAAAAAGUAUGCUCCAACACAGCCCAGUCAAGUGAGCAGUUCCGUGUUGACUUGAUAUCAUAGGUUACUCAGGGUUUUAUAUGCCAAGAAACAGAGGGUGAGCACCCAAUGUGAAACUGUGGACAUGACACCCACUUAAAUGUUUUUUUUUCUUUUUUUUUUCUCCCCUGUUCAGAAAUAUUUGAAACUCUAGUUUCACUUGUAAGGUUAUUUAUAUGAAUGUUCCUUGUUUUUUUUUUUUUUUAAUGGUUUGGACCUAUUCUACAUAAUUCAGUCUCAUGAAGCUUGGUGGAGCCCAGAGAGAGAGUGUAUACUUUGUGUACCAUACCCUGUGGACACAUAGCCCUUAUAGAACUUUAACAACAGUGCUCUUGUUCGACAACCCAAGCGCUUACUAAAGAAUUAAACAUGUAUAUUGCCAAAUGGAGUCAAGUGGUGUCUCUGUUUUACCCUAACCUAUGGUAUGGUAUGGUAUGCCUUUGUCCUAUUCUGUGACCUCACCUGUUCCCCCUGAAGUGUUUCCAGAAUUUUUUUUUUUAUGUCUUGAGGUGAAGUCUCUUUGUGGCUGUUUGUAAAUCACGGUCCUCUCUACCUCAAAGUUUGACCUCUCUUCAAAACUCUCAUCCUCAACUAUGCGAUGAAUACUAGAGGCUCACUCCAUAGACAUUGUUUAACAUUAUGUGUUGAAAAAGCCUCUGGUGGCUUUGCUGCAGGAACAGCUGUUAGUUGCAAUAAAAGUAGAUCUAGUCACUGUC